AUGUCCGGUCAAUCAGCAAAGAGAUUACAGAUCGGUGAAGCAGUCAAAAAGGGAAUUGUCAACAAUGAAACACUUGGUUAUUUCAUUGGGAGAGUUUACCUGUUCUUAACACGGCUUGGGAUAGACAAAGAACGAUUGAGAUUCAGGCAGCAUCUUGCAAAUGAGAUGGCUCAUUACGCCUCAGAUUGUUGGGAUGCCGAGAUUGAAUGCUCUCAUGGCUGGAUUGAGUGUGUUGGAAUCGCAGAUCGAUCUGCAUAUGAUCUGCGCGCACAUUCUGACAAAAGUGGCGUCGCGCUUGUUGCUCAGGAGAGGUUUCCAGAACUCAGGGAAGUCGAGAAACUGGUUAUUGCGCCGGUGAAGAAGGAACUCGGCCUAGCAUUCAAAGGGAACCAAAAGAUGGUCAUUGAAUCCCUGGAGGCAAUGGAUAAGAAAGAAGCCUUGGAGAUGGAGGCUAAUCUAGAAUCAAAAGGUGAGGUGGAGUUUUACGUAUGCACUCUUGGGAAGGAUGUGACUAUCAAGAGUAACAUGGUAUCGAUUUUCAAGGAAAUAAAGAAAGAACACCAGAGGGGUUUUACACCUUCUGUGAUUGAGCCAUCGUUUGGAAUUGGGCGUAUUAUAUAUUGUCUUUUUGAGCAUGCUUUUUACAUGAGGCCAAGCAAAGCUGGGGAUGAUGAGCAGCAGCAGCUGAACGUGUUCCGUUUUCCUCCUCUUGUGGCCCCAUUCAAAUGCACUGUGUUCCCUCUUGUUCAGAAUGAUCAGUAUGAAGAAGUUGCUAAGUUAAUCUCCAAAUCAUUGACUGCCCGUGGAAUUUUACAUGAGAUUGAUAUAACAGGUACCUCUAUCGGAAAACGCUACGCCAGAACGGAUGAACUUGGUGUGCCCUUUGCGAUUACAGUGGAUUCGGCAUCAUCAGUGACAAUCCGAGAGAGAGAUAGCAAGGACCGAAUUCGUGUUGACCUGGAAAAGGUUGCUUUGGUUGUGAAGGAGUUGACUGAGGGAAACACCACCUGGGAUGAUAUUCUAAAGAUCUACCCCCUUCACUCUCCUGGAUCUGUAGAUGAGUGA